UGAAUCAAGGUUGAGACCAAGAAAUUAUUUCUGAAAAAAAGGAUAUUUAUGGAAUAGAAUCAUCCUGAUGGGAGAUAAUGGAAAGACUUAUAAGAAACAGCAUUGAGUGUUCAAGUUUCAGAGGUGAUUGGGAAUGUAAAAGCCAGUUUGAGAGAAAACAGAAAUCUCAGGAAGGACAUUUCAGUCAAAUGAUAUUUACUCCUGAAGACAUGCCCACUUUCAAUACCCAGCUUCAGAGAAUUCAUACUGAUGAGAAACUCCUUGAAUGUAAGGAAUGUGGGAAGGAUUUUAGUUUUGUAUCAGUCCUUAUACGACAUCAGCGAAUUCAUACUGGUGAGAAACCUUAUGAAUGUAAAGAAUGUGGCAAGGCUUUUGGUAGUGGUGCAAACCUUGCUUACCAUCAAAGAAUUCAUACUGGUGAGAAACCUUAUGAAUGUAGUGAAUGUGGGAAAGCCUUUGGUAGUGGCUCAAACCUUACUCACCAUCAGAGAAUUCAUACUGGUGAGAAACCGUAUGAAUGUAAGGAAUGCGGGAAAGCCUUUAGUUUUGGAUCAGGCCUUAUUCGACAUCAGAUAAUUCACAGUGGUGAAAAGCCUUAUGAAUGUAAGGAAUGUGGAAAGUCCUUUAGUUUUGAAUCAGCCCUUACUCGGCAUCACAGAAUUCACACAGGUGAGAAACCUUAUGAAUGUAAGGAUUGUGGGAAGGCCUUUGGCAGUGGUUCAAACCUUACUCAACAUCGGAGGAUUCAUACUGGUGAGAAACCCUAUGAAUGUAAAUCAUGUGGAAUGGCCUUUAGCAGUGGUUCAGCCCUUACUCGGCAUCAGAGAAUUCAUACUGGUGAGAAACCAUAUAUAUGUAAUGAAUGUGGGAAAGCUUUUAGUUUUGGAUCAGCCCUUACCCGACAUCAAAGAAUUCACACUGGUGAGAAACCUUAUGUAUGUAAGGAGUGUGGGAAGGCUUUUAAUAGUGGCUCAGAUCUCACUCAACAUCAGAGAAUUCACAGUGGUGAGAAACCCUAUGAAUGUAAGGAAUGUGAGAAAGCCUUUAGAAGUGGUUCAAAGCUUAUUCAGCAUCAAAGAAUGCACACUGGUGAGAAACCCUAUGAGUGUAAGGAAUGUGGGAAGGCCUUUAGUAGUGGUUCAGACCUUACUCAGCAUCAGAGAAUUCAUACGGGUGAGAAACCCUAUGAAUGUAAGGAAUGUGGGAAAGCUUUUGGUAGUGGCUCAAAACUUAUUCAACAUCAGCUAAUUCACACUGGUGAAAAACCCUACGAAUGUAAAGAAUGUGGAAAGUCUUUUAGUAGUGGCUCAGCUCUUAAUCGGCACCAGAGAAUACACACUGGUGAGAAACCCUAUGAAUGUAAGAAAUGUGGAAAGACUUUUGGUACUGGCUCAAGCCUUACUCAACAUCAGAGUAUUCAUACUGGUGAGAAACUUUAUGAAUGUAAGGAAUGUGGGAAGGCUUUUGGGAGGGGUACAAAGAUUCGGCAACAUAAGAAAACUUAUAUUGGUGAGAAGCCCUUUGACUGCUCUGAAGCCACGUCCACUUUCAUUCAGCACACAUCUCUUUCUCUCCAUCAAACAUCUAAUACUGAAGAGAAAUCUUAUGAAUGCAAAAAAUACAAAAAUGCCUGUGGAGAAGACUCACCACUUACUACAAAUCAAGAAAGUCAUACUGGCAAGAAAUUCUAUGACUAUAAGGAAUAUGAGAAGGCCCUUAGUAGAACUUCAAAACUUAGUUCAUCUCAUAUAGUGCAUAUUGGUAUGAGAACCUAUGAGUGUGAAGAAUGUAGGACAUCUUUGAAUAAUGGCUCAGACUUUAUACAACAUCAGAUAAUUUUUACUAGGGAAAAAUCUAGUGAAUUUAAGGAAAGUGGAAAGGCCUUUACUAAUGCCUCACAUUUUUUUCUACAUCAUAGCAUUUAUACAAGUGAAAAAUCCUUUAAAUGUAAGGAUUGUGUUAGAGAAUUUAAUAAUGGUACAGCCCUUAUUCGUCAUCAGAGAAUUCAUACUGGGGAAAAACCCUAUGCGUGUAAUGAAUGUGGAAAGGCCUUUAGUACUAGUUCAAUAUUUAGAGUACAUCAAAGGAUUCACACAGGUGAGAAACCCAAUGAAUGUAAAGAAUGUGGAAAAGCCUUUCGUCAUUCCUCAUACCUUACUCAACAUCAAAGAAUUCAUACUGGUGAGAAACCUUAUAAAUGUAAGUAUUGUGUUAGGGCAUUUAGUAAUGUUUCAGCCUUCAUUCGGCAUCAGAGGAUUCAUACUGGUGAGAAGCCCUACAAAUGUAAGGAAUGUGAAAGAGCCUUUAGUACUGCCUCAAUACUUACAGCACAUCAGAGAAUUCACUCAGGUGAGAAACCCUAUGUAUGUCACAAAUGUGGGAAGGCCUUUCGUCAAUCUUCAGACCUUAAUCAACAUCAGAGAAUUCAUACUGGUGAGAAACCCUAUAAAUGUAAGGAAUGUGGAAGGGCAUUUCGUCGUUCAUCAGAACUUUCUCGACAUAAAUUAAUUCAUGCUGGUAAGAAAUUGUAUGAAUGUAAGGAAUGUGGAAAGAUCUUGAGUAGAGAUUCAAUACUUAUACAACAUCAGAAAAUUCAUACUGGUGAGAAAGCCUGGGAAUGUAAUGAAUGUGGGAAAGUUUUUACUUGUGCAACAUACCUGACACGGCAUCAGCGAGUUCAUACUGGUGAUAAACCAUACACUUGUAACAAAUGUGGGAAAGCCUUUCUUCGUUCUUCAGACCUUACUCUACAUCAAAGAAUUCAUACCGGUGAGAAACCCUAUGAAUGUAAGGAAUGUGGGAAGGCUUUUGCAAGAGGUUCAAAUCUUAAUCGCCAUCAAAAAGUUCAUAAUGGUAAGAAAUAGGAUGAAAGGAUGCUUUGUAAGACUUUUAAGCAUGUCUUUUAGGUAACAUAACAUGAGAGAUAAACCCUAGAAACAGAAUUAAUAUGAGAAAUCCUAAGAAAUACAUUGGUGAGAAGAAUGAAUAUAUAAUUAAUAUGAGAAUGCCUUAUGUGUUUCACAGUUUGACUGCCAUAAGAAGAAAGUGAAUAUUGGAAGGCCUUUAUCAACAGUUCAUUUUUUUCCAAAUUUCAAAAACUUUCUAAUCAUGAGUGUAGAAAGUGAAAAAUCUUUGUUGUCCCAUUUUGAUUAUUUAAAAAUACUUUAAAUCCACUUUAUUUUUUAUUUAGCUAUAGUUAGU